AUGGAUAGUGACAUGUCAUUAUUUGAACAAGAUGAAAAUGAUGAAGCAUUAAAAUAUUUCAACAAAUCAACUGAAAUUUGUAAUAAAUCUAAACCAAAAAAUUAUUACGGUCUUUCAGUUGUAUGUAAUAACAUUGCCUCGAUUUAUAUGAAACAAGGCAAGUCUACUGAUCCAAUUAUAAUUUUUAAUGAUAUUCAUUAUUUAUUAACCAAUUUUUUUCCGAAUAAUUACAAUGCACUUGAAUUAAUGUAUAAUAAUACUGCCGUAUGUUACACGCAUCUUGGUAAUCAUCAGGAAGCAUUAAAGUAUAAUAACAAAGCACUAGAAAUUACAAAUAGUUUUUGUCCAAAUAAUCAUUCUUCAUCAGCAAGAGACUAUCAUAAUAUUGGCUCGAUUCAUCUGAAAAAUAACAAUUAUGAGGAGGCUUUGCAAAAUUUACAUAAAGAGCUGGGAGACAUCUCAUUUUCUUCAGAAAUGUUUGCUCUACGCGAUGAACAUAUUUGCAAAGAAUCUCUAGAUUGA